AUGCCUCUCCGCGUCCGCCGGCCGCUCCUGCCGCUCUCGCGCCGCUUCUGCUCGACGUCGUUGCUCUCGCACCGGGCGACGCGGGUGACGCUCCACGCCUCGGACUCCACGCGCACCGACGUGUCCAUCGUCCCCGUAUCGACUCUUAGCGCUCCUGCUCACGUCCAAGCGCGCGCGUGGACCGCCACAGGCGACGCACUUGACGUCGCGCGUCUGUUCCAGUUGGACGUAGACGGGACAAGCGACGGCCAUCAGUCGCUGCGGCUCGUGAAGACGCGCGCGGCCGACGUGGCGCUCGAGCUCGUGCUGCCGCGGCAUGUGGCGCUGGACAUAGUUUUAGCCAAUGGGCGCGUCGCCCUGGUCGACACGGUGGAAGGUGACGUGAAGGUGGUCGUGCAACAUGGCGACAUAAGUGCGCACAAAGUGCGGGGCCACGAGGUUUUUUUAUCGACGAAUCACGGCACGAUCGACAUUGCGGCGCUGGUCGAAGCUGAGACGGUCCAUCUCCAGGCACAGGAUGGGAUUCAGUGCAAGCGCUUGAUGGCGAAACAGGCGACGGUGAAGCUGGGAAAGGGGGACCAAUCCACUGCUGCUUGUUGUUCGACCUUUGGGGCACUUUAUGUGUCUUCGUGUUCGAUUGGGGCAGCGAAAAGGUCUGGAGGCGAGUCGCGGUUGCAUGUGGGCAAUGUGCAUGGCCAUUUACAGGUGAAGAGUGAGGGACUUGAUCGUGUCCAAGUGGACAGUGUCUCGGGUACGAUUGACGUGCAGGACCAGGGGGACAAGUGCCACGUGACGGCGCACUUUGAUUCGUGGACAAACGACAGCUGCAGCAGCAUUGUUGUGGCGGGAGACGUGCACGUGUCGUUGCAACCUGCUGCACCAAUGGACGUGGAGCUGCAUGGGACAGAGAUUACGAUUGGGAAACACUGUGCGUUUCGAAGCAGGAACAUGGACCAGCUUGAGGAGGACUAUGCUGUUUUUACGGCGAAUCUGUGUGCGCAAGAAGAAGCGGCGGUUGGCACGGCAUCGACGGGCAAGAUUAAUGUGGGUAGCGCCAAGCAGGAUGCAUUGCGGACGUCUUUUUUCAUGAAAGAGGCUGGUGGUGAUGACGAGGCAUACGAUGGUUCGAAGCCGUCACGGCUGUUUGUACACUCGCAGCGAGGUGCAGUGACGCUAGAGCAACUGACGUGGAUGGACAAUAUCAAGCGCAAGUACGUGAAGCAAUCGAAACGCAGUGAGAACCCGAUCGAAGGCUAA